UCGGCGUGCUCUAUUUUUGUGUCCACCGGCUUUCUAGCUGGUUUAGCAGACGCGCAGGAAGUCUUUAUACCGGGACGGAAGAACCGAUUCUCUCCAAGUGUCCGUCGUCCGUCGUCCGUCGUUCGUCACUCGCGCUUUGCCGAAUACGGUGCGAAGGCCCGCUCACUCACAAUCGACAUGGAGGAAGACGAUCAGAAGGUGGCCGUGAUGCGCAAGGCCUUCCAGAUGUUCGACACGACGAAAAGCGGUUUCAUCGACACCAUGAAGAUCUCGACGAUCUUGAACACGAUGGGCCAGCUGUUCGACGACGGCGAGCUCAACUCUCUGAUCGAGGAGAACGAUCCUGAGGGCUUGGGUAAGGUGAACUUCGACGGUUUCUGCAAGAUCGCCGGUCGCUUCCUCGAGGAGGAGGACGCCGAGGCGAUGCAGGAGGAGCUGAAGGAGGCGUUCCGAAUGUACGAUCGCGAGGGUAACGGAUACAUCACCACGGCGACGCUGAAGGAGAUCUUGGCGGCGCUCGACGACAAACUCACCAGCUCCGAUCUUGACGGGAUUAUCGCGGAGAUCGACACCGACGGCUCCGGCACGGUGGACUUUGACGAAUUUAUGGAGAUGAUGACCGGGGAAUAAGCGUGCGUUCGGACGGUGGCAACGAGCGGUUACGACGAGUGCUACCGCAGGUUAUCGCGUCGCGAUCAAUUCGCACUGGUCAUGACCGCCCGGGAAAAUCCGUAAACUUCUUUAAUGAAAUAAUAUUUGUAUUUGCGCGCGCGCGAGAGAAAGAGAGAGA